AUGGAGUGGGGCCCCGGCUCAGACUGGUCACGGGGGGAGGCUGCCGGCGUGGAUCGUGGAAAGGCGGCGCUGGGGCUCGGCGGAAGGCCACCCCCACAGUCGCAGCCGCCCCGGCAUGAGCGCGCCCGGCAGUUGCUGGACGCGGUGGGGCCGCGGCAGCUCCCGGACACCAUCGCCGCCUGCGAGGAGAUGCUGCGGCAGCUAGGCCGCCGACGCCCGGAACCCGCGGGUUGCGGGAAUAUUUCAGCCAAACCUGCAGCGUCCCCCGAGCCAGCUGUCUGCGCCAGAGGUGGCUUUCCAAAGGCUGCUGGCGAUGGAGCUGCGGAGCCCCUAACCAUUCCCAAGCCGGUGGCCCUGAGUUCUCUCUCUCCCCGGGGCUGUGGCUGGACUCUGAACAACUGCCUUCAAUGA